UCCGGGAACUCCCGUGAGGCACUGCGACGCGCGCGGUUGGAGGCCGCUGACAGCGCCGGCGGGAGCAGCCGGAGGUGAGGGGUUCCAGUUCGGGGUUGGCGGGGCCCCCGCUGCCCUCCUGCAGCCAGCUUGAGGCGCGGAUAGCCGAUAGAGGUGCGCGGGAGGCUGAGGCUUCGUGCCGGGACUGAGGCUGCGUGGCCAGUCAUCCGGCUGGGGAAAACACAUUAUAGAUUGUAUUUCCCCCCUUCUUCUAUGGACUAGUGUAAACAUGUUUUUUUCUGUUUGAACUUAGUUCUUAAAGACAAUUACCAUAGUUUCAUAUCAAAUAUAAGAAACAGGGGUAGGGUAGUUAAACCAUGAGUUGUGGAAAGGAGUUUGUGGAAACAUUGAAAAAAAUUGGUUAUCCUAAAGCUGAUACUCUUAAUGGAGAAGAUUUUGACUGGCUGUUUGAGGCUGGUGAAGAUCAGUCAUUUUUGAAAUGGUUUUGUGGGAAUGUUAAUGAACAGAAUGUAUUGUCUGAAAAAGAAUUGGAAGCUUUCAGCAUUCUUCAAAGAUCAGGCAAGCCCAUCCUAGAAGGAACGGCAUUGGAUGAAGUUCUUAGAACCUGUAAAACUUUUGAUUUGAAGACACCUACACUGGAUGACAAAGAGAUACAGAAAUUAGAAGAUGAGGUUCAAAUUCUGCAGAAAUUAUAUAACUUAAAAAUUCAGCGACGGAAUAAAUACCAGUUAAUGGCUUCUGAAACUAGUUACAAAUCUCUGGCAUUAAAUGCUAAACAAGAGGAAGCUACUAAGAAGCUAAAACAAAGUCAAGGAUUCCUAGAUGCUGUAAACACUAAACUCAGUAAUGAACUUCAGGUUCUUACUGAUGGAGUUAAUAAUUUGAUGCUAUUCUUCAGAAAUUCUAAUUUAGGUCAAGGGACAAAUCCAAUGGUAUUUUUAUCUCAAUUUUCCUUGGAAAAAUAUAUAAGCCAAGAAGAGCAAAGCACAUCAGCCUUAACCUUAUAUACCAAAAAACAAUUCUUUCAGGGUAUACAUGAAGUAGUUGAAACUUCAAAUGAAGAAAAUUUUCAACUCUUAGAUAUACAAACACCAUCUAUUUGUGAUAAUGAAGAAAUCCUUGGGGAGAGACAACUGGAGAUGGCUAGGCUGCAGGUAGCAUACAUCUGUGCCCAGCAACAGAUCUUAUACCUGAAAGCAAGUAAUUUGAGCAUGAAGUCAAGUAUAAAAUGGGCAGAAGAGAAUCUUCAUAGCCUACCCAGUGAGGCUGUUGGUAAAGAAAAUUUGGAUGCUAAAAUUUCUAGCUUGAACCGUGAGAUUCUAAAACUUGAAGAACAAAUCACUCAUAUGAAAGACAAAAUUUUGCCUGCUGUAGUAAAAGAGAACGCCCAGUUAUUGAACAUGCCAGUUGUAAAGGGAGAUUUUGAUCUGCAGAUUGCUAAACAAGAUUGUUACACAGCAAGACAAGAGUUAGUUUUAAAUCAGUUGAUAAAGCAGAAGGCGUCAUUUGAGCUUGUUCAGUUAUCAUAUGAAAUUGAGUUGAGAAGACAUUGGGAUACAUAUCGGCAACUUGAAAAUUUGGUUCAACAACUUAGUCAAAGAAAUGUGGUGCUCUGUCAGCAAUUAGCGACGCUAACAGAUCCAUCAGCAUCUGAGCAGUUAAACUCCAGGACUCCCAUCAACACUAAAGAUUAUUCUACUCAUAGGCUUUAUCAACUUUUAGAAGGAGACAAUAAGAAAAAAGAAUUGUUUAUAACCCAUGAGCACUUGGAGGAAGUGGCUGAGAAAUUGAAACAAGAUCUUUCUCUAAUACAAGAUCAAUUGGCAGUAUCUACUCAAGAACAGUUUUUCUUUCUGUCCAAACUGAAUAAUGAUGUGGACAUGCUUUGUGAUGCUUUGUAUCAUGGAGGGAACCAGCUAUUGCUCUGUGAUCAGGAGUUAAUGGAGCAUGUUCAUCGAGUUGAAUCUAAGUUAAAUAAACUAAAUCAUCUCCUUACGGAUAUUCUUGCUGAUGUGAAGACAAAAAGAAAAAUUUUGGCAACUAAUAAAUUCCAUCAAGUGGAAAGAGAAUUAUAUGUAUAUUUUUUUAAAGAUGAAGACUAUCUAAAAGAUGUUGUGGAAAAUUUAGAAAACCAGUCAAAGAUUAAGACCUCUGAUAUUAAAGACUGAAUAUUUCUAAAAACUGAAUCUUUACUAUGCCUGCUGUGUUUUAACUUUUAACUAUUAGGAUGCUAUUUCUAAUAAACACUACUAAUUUUUCUUUUGACAUUUACUUAGUAUGUGGGGAGGGAUGCGUAUAUGUGCAGUCAUGUACAUUAAUUAGUGUGUACCAUGUCGCAUGUGUGGAGGUGAGAGCGUCUUGCAGGAAUUGUGUUACUCCUCUACCACAAGAGCUCUGGGAAUGGAAAUCAGGUCGUCAUUCUUGGUGGCAGUGAUUAACCCAUGCCAUCAGCCUCAGUGCUACUAAGGUUAUAAAUUUAAGAUCAACAGAACAUUUUAUUUGAAUAGAUUCAAUGUCAAGUUGAACUUCCCUAAUAUGAAAAUUUUAAAUACUCCAAAAUUUGAACCUGUAUUUAUAAGCAACUGGAAUGUUUCUCAAAUGAAAAAUUCUACAUCUGAUCUUACAUGGCUUGUCAGUCAUAAAAUACAUACACUAAGUUAUAAAGCUACCUUCAGUCUUAUUUGUAUAAAAUUUUAUCUGAAAUAUGAAUGAAUUUCACAUUUUUACUUCAUUUCUAUCCCUAAAAUGUAUAAUUGUAUGUAUACAAAAAUUAAAAUAUCUGUAACACUUUAGUUCCACUCAUUUAAGUUAAGGGAUAUUCAGUUUGUGACAUUGGUUUUGAGGUUGUAUAAACAUUGACAUGUGCUGUGCUUUUGUAGGACUGGCUGACCAGACUGGACUUGAACUCACAUCAGGCAAACUAUCAAGUGCUUCUCAUCACCUGUUUGCUUGGUGCCACUUUAUCUUGUCAAACUUUUACUUGCAGGGAAAAAACAUGCUAUACAAAUGUUUUAAAUAUAACUAAAUUUCCUUAAAUUGGCAUUUUCUGCUGUUGGAUAUUUCAAAAUUUUGUAGAAUUUGGGGCUUUGUUUUUUAAGGUUUCUGUUAUCUGAGGUCAACUGUGAUCUGAAAAUAAUUUUAAAAAAUGACAGAAGUAAAGUUUUUUUUUCAGAAGUUUUAAGUUGUAUGUCAUGGACUCUGAAACCUUCCACCUAGGAUGUGUUAUACCUUUGUUCAGUGUAGGUAUGCUACAUUCUUGACCUUUUUUACUAGUCACUCAAUACCUGAGAGUUAGGUACAUAGAUUUCCAUACUAUGUGCAGUUUCAUUGGGGUUUGAGAUUUUAUCCUUUGUUGGUAAAGUAAUACUAUUGUAUAUUCAAUAGCCAAGUCUUGUGUUUGACUAAAAUUCUGCUCAAGUAUUUUCCCUUAAUUUUCUAUUGUAACCUUUGGAAGUUUAAAUGUGUCUGCUUGUACCACAAAUUUUGAGCAUUUCUGUUUUAGGGGCCAAGUUCUAGUGGCCGUACUAGAGCUUUAACCACUGUGAUUAUAGCAUAAAUAGUGAAAUUUGAAAUACAAGUUUCAAAAUUAUG